CUUUCAGGUGUUUAUGUCAGCAGAAUUUAUCCCAAAGAACAUGACAAGAACAGAAAUGCACUAAAUAAGAUUAUGAAGACAUUUUUUAAGGAUCUGACUUCUAUAUGUCUACAAUUGAGCUAGUUAGCAAAAGAAUUCACAUGUUCUAAAUGUGAGAAAAGUUUUACCCAUCACUCACCUCUUUUUAAGCUUCAAAGAUUUCACACAGCAUAGAUGCCGUUCUCAUGUUCUGAAUGUGGGAAAUGUUUUGUAACUAAAUCACAACUUAUUUCACAUCAGAGAACUCACACAAGAGAGAAGCUGUUCUCAUGUUCUGAAUGCGGGAAAUGUUUUAGCUGGUAUUCAUACCUUGUUUUACAUCAGAGAACUCACACCGGAGAGAAGCCAUUCCCCUGUUCUGAAUGUGAGAAAUGCUUUGUAACUAAAUCAAACCUUAUUUCACAUCAGAGAACUCACACAGGAGAGAAGCCGUUCUCAUGUGCUGAAUGUGGAAGUGUUUUGGAAUUAAAGCAAUCCUUGUUGGACAUCAGAUAACUCAUACUGGAGAGAAGCUGUUCCCCUGUUCUGAAUGUGGGAAAUGUUUUGGCACUAAAUCAGAUCUUAUUGUUCAUCAGAGAAUUCACACCGGAAUGAAGCCUUUCUCAUGUUCUGAAUGUGGGGAAUAUUUUGGAACUAAAUCAGAUCUUGAUAUUCAUCUGAGAAUUCACACAGGAGAGAAGCGGUUCUCAUGUUCUGAAUGUGGGAAAUGUUUUGUCAAUAAUGCAAGGCUUGUUAGACAUCAGAGAACUCACACAGGAGAGAAGCAGUUUCCCUGUUCUGAAUGUGGGAAAUGUUUUGGAACUAAAUCAUAUCUUACAAACCAUCAGAGAGCUCACACAGGAGAGAAGCCGUUCUCAUGUUCUGAAUGUGGGAAAUGUUUUGGAGCUAAAUCACAUCUUAUUUCACAUCAGAGAACUCACACAGGAGAGAAGCCGUUCUCCUGUACAGAAUGUGGGAAAUGUUUUAGAACUAAAUCAGAUCUUAUUUCACAUCAGAGAACUCACAAAGGAGAGAAGCCGUUCUCAUGUUCUGAAUGUGGGAAAUGUUUUGCAACGAAAUCACAACUUAUUUCACAUCAGAGAACUCACACAGGAGAGAAGCCGUUCUCAUGUUCUGAAUGUGGGAAAUGUUUUGCAACGAAAUCAAACCUUGUUGAACAUCAAAGAACUCACACAGGAGAGAAGCCGUUCUCAUGUUCUGAAUGUGGGAAAUGUUUUAGAACUAAAUCAGACCUUGUUAAACAUCAAAGAACUCACACAGGAGAGAAGCCGUUCUCAUGUUCUGAAUGUGGGAAAUGUUUUGUAACUAAAUCAAAACUUGUUGAACAUCUAAGAACUCACACAGGAGAGAAGCCGUUCUCAUGUUCUGAAUGUGGGAAAUGUUUUGGAACGAAAUCAGACCUUGUUAAACAUCAAAGAACUCACACAGGAGAGAAGCCAUUCUCAUGUUCUGAAUGUGGGAUAUGUUCUGUAACUAAAUCAAAACUUGCUGAACAUCUAAGAACUCACACAGGAGAGAAGCCGUUCUCCUGUUCUGAUUGUGGGAAAUGUUUUGGAAUGAAAUCAGGUCUUAUUAUUCAUCAGAGAAUUCACACAGGAGAGAAGCCAUUCUCAUGUUCUGAAUGUGGGAUAUGUUUUGUCAAUAAUGCAAGGCUUGUUAGACAUCAGAGCACUCACACAGGAGAGAAGCCGUUCUCAUGUUCUGAAUGUGGGAAAUGUUUUGGAACUAAAUCAAAACUUGGUGAACAUCAGAGAACUCACACAGGAAAGAAGCCGUUCUCCUGUUCUGAAUGUGGGAAAUGUUUUGUAACUAAAUCACAACUUAUUUCACAUCAGAGAACUCACACAGGAGAGAAGCCGUUCUCAUGUUCUGAAUGUGGGAAAUGUUUUGGGACUAAAUCACAACUUAUUUCACAUUUGAAAACUCAUACAGGAGAGAAGCCGUUCUCCUGUUCUGAUUGUGGGAAAUGUUUUGGAAUGAAAUCAGGUCUUAUUAUUCAUCAGAGAAUUCACACAAGAGAGAAGCCAUUCUCAUGUUCUGAAUGUGGGAUAUGUUUUGUCAAUAAUGCAAGGCUUGUUAGACAUCAGAGCACUCACACAGGAGAGAAGCCGUUCUCAUGUUCUGAAUGUGGGAAAUGUUUUGGAACUAAAUCAAAACUUGUUGAACAUCAGAGAACUCACACAGGAGAGAAGCCGUUCUCCUGUUCUGAAUGUGGGAAAUGUUUUGUCACUAAAUCAAAACUUAUUUCACAUCAGAGAACUCACACAGGAGAGAAGCCAUUCUCAUGUUCUGAAUGUGGGAAAUGUUUUGGAACUAAAUCACAACUUAUUUCACAUCAGAGAACUCACACAGGAGAGAAGCCGUUCUCAUGUUCUGAAUGUGGGAAAUGUUUUGGAACUAAAGCAGAUCUUAUUAUUCAUCAGAGAACUCACACAGGAGAGAAGCCAUUCUCAUGUUCUGAAUGUGGGAAAUGUUUUGUCACUAAAUCAAAACUUAUUUCACAUCAGAGAACUCACACAGGAGAGAAGCCGUUCUCAUGUUCUGAAUGUGGGAAAUGUUUUGGAACCAAAUCACAACUUAUUACACAUUUAAAAUCUCACACAGGAGAGAAGCCGUUCUCCUGUUCUGAUUGUGGGAAAUGUUUUGGAAUUAAAUCAGGUCUUAUUAUUCAUCAGAGAAUUCACACAGGAGAGAAGCCAUUCUCAUGUUCUGAAUGUGGGAUAUGUUUUGUCAAUAAUGCAAGGCUUGUUAGACAUCAGAGCACUCACACAGGAGAGAAGCCGUUCUCAUGUUCUGAAUGUGGGAAAUGUUUUGUAACUAAAUCAAAACUUGUUGAACAUCAGAGAACUCACACAGGAGAGAAGCCAUUCUCCUGUUCUGAAUGUGGGAAAUGUUUUGUAACUAAAUCACAACUUAUUUCACAUCAAAGAACUCACACUGGAGAGAAGCCGUUCUCAUGUUCUGAAUGUGGGAAAUGUUUUGGAACUAAAUCACAACUUAUUUCACAUUUGAAAACUCACACAGGAGAAAAGCCGUUCUCCUGUUCUGAUUGUGGGAAAUGUUUUGGAACUAAAGCAGAUCUUAUUAUUCAUCAGAGAACUCACACAGGAGAGAAGCCAUUCUCAUGUUCUGAAUGUGGGAAAUGUUUUGGAGCUAAAUCACAACUUAUUUCACAUCAGAGAACUCACACAGGAUAGAAGCCGUUCUAAAU